CGAUUGUAUGCCUUAUUUCAGUUGAAUCCUUUCGCAUAACAUAAUGUCUGUGAUUACAACGAAGAAAAUAUUUUCAAUUAUGCCGCCAAUUAACAUUCCACCAAAAAUCAAUGAUAAACCUUUAAAGAAAACCAGUGGUAAGGUUAAAAAAAAUAUCAGUAAGACCGAUAAGAAGAAAAAAAGAAAUAGGAAGGAAAGUUAUGCGAUUUAUAUUUACAAAGUAUUGAAACAAGUACAUCCGGAUACUGGAAUUUCCAGUAAAGCUAUGAGUAUUAUGAAUAGUUUUAUUAAUGAGGUUUUUGAACGUAUUGCUACGGAAGCAUCAAGAUUGGCUCACUAUAAUAAACGUUCGACUAUUACAUCUCGGGAAAUAAAGACUGCUGUACGAUUAUUGCUUCCUGGUGAGCUUUCCAAACAUGCUGUUAGCGAAGGUACCAAAGCAGUUACUAAAUACACUAGCUCCAAAUGAAUUGAAAUAUUUAAAAUUUUUAGGGCCAAAAAUUUUUUCCCUCGUAAAACAAAUUCUCAUGUUUAGUAUUUAUUAACAGGAAUUUUACAAUUAUAUGAAAUAGAAUAAUAUGUAUAUAUAUCUUUAACGAUAAAAAUCUCCUAUCAAUGCAAUAUUAAUUUUAUUAAUAAACAAUGCAAUAUGUAAUAAAUUUUAUCUAAUUGUUAUUCAAUUUCUCAUUUUAAUUAUGUUAAUAACUUAAUAUAAGAUUAAUAAAGGAUUACGUUAUAUUUUGCAACAU